AGAAAGAGAAACCAGCAGCAGCAGCUUGAGAAAGAGAGCAGCUGUGAGAUGAGAGAGAGAGAGAGAGAGAGCGAGCGCGUUGCUCUGAGAGACAGGCUGUCGUAACGAGGCGGAUGGAGCGCUGAAGUGCGGAGGGGAGCAGAGAGCUGUGUUCAGAGAGAGACGCUGGUGUUCAGAGCUCAGAUCCCCCUGCCUGCUCGAGCAGUGGUGCGGCCCGCUGCGCUCAGAGCUGUUAUUGUGCAGCGCUGCAGAACACAGAGACACACACACGGAGCUUAGCGCUUUCUCAGCUUCAUUCAGGAAACACUGCGGUGGAGGACGAGCUACAGACGGAGAGAGCGGCGGUGCUGAGACCUUCCUCACCUCCGCCGCUCUCCGCAUCGCCGUCUCCAGCCACUGUCCUCCAUCCUUUAUUCUCCUUAAGGGAAAGGAGAACGGAGGAGGAGGAGGAGGAGGAGGAAGAGCGCCCCCUCCCCUCGCGACAGCAGAACGCUCCGGAAACAGAGAGAGAGAGACAGAGAGAGAGAGAGAGUUUUAUUCCUCCCUGGUUCGGCUCCGUUUUUCUCUCGGGAGCGAGCAGCUUGCCCAUGUCUGUCAACUCAGAAAAAUCUUCUUCCCCAGAAAGGCCCGACACACAGAAGGUUCCGUCCGCUCCUCCUCCUCCUCCUCCUCCUCCUCCUCCUCCCCCUCCGCCCCCCCCUCCCGAGCCUGUGGCCCCGCCGGAGCCUGAGGAGGAGAUUCUGGGCUCUGAUGACGAAGAGCAGGAGGAUCCGGCCGACUACUGCAAAGGAGGUUACCAUCCCGUCAAGAUCGGCGACCUGUUUAACGGCAGAUACCAUGUCAUCCGCAAGCUGGGCUGGGGUCACUUCUCCACCGUCUGGCUGUGCUGGGAUAUUCAAGCGAAGCGUUUUGUUGCGAUGAAGGUCGUUAAGAGCGCACAGCACUACACAGAGACGGCACUGGACGAAAUUAAACUACUCAGAUGUGUGCGUGAGACUGAUCCUGAUGAUCCUAAUAAGGACAUGGUUGUUCAACUUAUAGAUGACUUCAAGAUCUCAGGGGUGAACGGGAUUCACGUGUGUAUGGUGUUUGAAGUUCUUGGUCAUCAUUUGCUCAAGUGGAUCAUAAAGUCCAAUUAUCAGGGUUUACCGUUACCCUGUGUCAAGAGCAUCAUCAGACAGGUUCUGCAGGGCCUCGAUUACCUUCACAGUAAGUGUAAGAUCAUCCACACGGACAUCAAACCGGAGAACAUCCUCAUGUGUGUGGACGACGCUUUCGUGCGCAGGAUGGCGGUGGAGGCCACUGAGUGGCAGAAAGCCGGAGCGCCGCCACCGUCUGGAUCUGCUGUCAGCACGGCUCCUCAACUCCAACAGGUGGGGAAGAUCUCCAAAAAUAAAAAGAAAAAGCUGAAGAAGAAGCAGAAGCGGCAAGCAGAGCUGCUGGAAAGACGCAUGCUGGAGAUCGAAGCUCUGGAGCGAGAGGCGGAGAAGCAGAGAUCCAGCGGAGCGUCAGACUCGACACACGGUCCCAGCCUGGCGCUGGCGGACAGCGAGGAGGAUGAAGAGGAUGAUGAGGAUGAGGAAGAGGAGGCAGAGGGAGAGAAGGAGCGGCCUGUCAGACUCACCAACCAUACAUGUGCAGAGCCAGAUCAGGAUCAAGAUCAGGAUCAGGAUCAAGAUCAAGAUCAAGAUCAAGAUCAGGAUCAGGAUCAGGAUCAGGAUCAAGAUCAGGAUCAGGAUCAGGUUCAAGAUCAAGAUCAGCAUCAGCAGGAAAUACAGGAGAAUGAGGAAGGUUGUGACAUCCUUGCCGCCGCAGAUGGUCUUGCUGAAGAAGAGUCACACACACGCACACACACUCCACCUGAGCGACAGGACACUCCUGAGAAUGAGAACGAGUGUGAAAACUCAAAAGAACAUGAGCAGGAUGGAAAUGAAGCUGUGAGAGAGGAAGAGGAAGAGGAAGAGGAGAAUAAAACAGAGGAAGAGGAAACGGAAACGGAAGGCACACUCUCACAGAGCGCAGAGGACGAGACGAAGACACACGAGUGUCCAAAUGAAGAAGAAGCAGAUCCACCUGAAGAAACGAUAGAGAAACAAGAAAAUGAGGAGGAGGAGGAGGAGGAGGAAGAUGAAGAUGAAGAAUAUGAGGAAGAGGAGGAGGAGGAGGCGGAGGAUGAAGGCCAGAAACCAUCCAGCAAGGAGCACACUGAAGUGUGUAAAACGAACGGUCACGUGAUCUUGAGUGCACAGGAGCGUCUGUCCUCACCUCUGCUCUGUCCUCUGGUGGAGUCUGAGAUCAGUACAACUGACCGCGACGCUUCGGACGCCUCGUACGAGCUUUUCAACGGAGAGACCUCGCUGACGAACGGAGCACGGCACCGCGGCACCACGCCACGCUUCCCAGAGCUUCCUCUGGAUCCUGAGCCUGACGACUGCGAGCACAACGAGGCCCAGGCGCUCAACACCGACCGCAGCCGAACGGUGUCAUCGUCCAGCACCGGAGACACGCCCAAAGUGAGGGUCAGAGCGGCCGAUCUUCUGGUGAAUCCUCUGGAUCCGAGGAACGCAGACAUUCUGAGAGUCAAAAUCGCCGAUCUGGGCAAUGCAUGCUGGGUGCACAAGCACUUCACUGAGGACAUCCAGACGCGGCAGUACCGCUCCAUCGAGGUGCUGAUCGGAGCGGGAUACAGUACUCCUGCUGAUAUAUGGAGCACGGCCUGCAUGGCGUUUGAGCUGGCCACCGGGGACUAUCUGUUUGAGCCACACUCUGGUGAAGACUACUCUCGUGAUGAAGAUCAUAUAGCUCACAUCAUAGAGCUUCUCGGCUGCAUUCCUCGUCACUUUGCUCUUUCUGGAAAAUAUUCCCGAGAAUUCUUCAACCGGAGAGACCACAUCGCUCUGAUUAUGGAGUUACUGGGAAAAAUCCCCCGCAAGAUCUUCGCAGCUGGAAAAUACAGCCGUGAGUUCUUCUCAAAAAAAGGUGAACUGAGGCACAUCACCAAGCUCAAGCCCUGGUCUCUGUUUGAUGUUCUUGUGGAGAAAUACGGUUGGUCAGCUGAGGAUGCUGGUCACUUCACACACUUCUUGCUGCCCAUGCUGGAGAUGGUGCCGGAGAAACGGGCCUCUGCCUCAGAAUGCCUCAACCACCCCUGGCUGAACUCGUAGCACUUUGGCCCCUCAGACUCAUCGACCCCUGCGGCCCCGUCCUGACCUUCAGCCUGCUGCCAUCAGAGAGAAAGAGCCAGAGAGAGGAGGCUUCAGAGGGGCGAGGGCGGGCUUCAGCACACACACACACACUCAGACACACACUCACACUGAAACACGCACAUACACAAACUCACAAACAUUUACUCAUUCAUACACACACUUGCAUACUCACAACCACUAACACUAAAACACUCGCACAAAAGCUUCAUUCAGUCUGCGUCAGCCUCAUUCAACUAAACUUUACACGCAGAAAACAGAAAGAAAUAAUUUCAUCAGAUAAAAUAUAUUCUAUUCCUUUAUUUGAUUAAAUAUCAUGAUAUUUCAUUUAAAGAAACAAGAGUGUGGAUCAGUGGCGGCAUGUACUCGUGCCUUCAGCUAAACUCUUGUGAACGUCCUAGCAAAACAAAUAAUUGUACAUUUACAAACAUUACAAAUUCAAACAUUUACAAACAUUACGGACUCAGUGACUGUGAGUAUGAGAGUCACCGUGUGUGUGUGUGUGUGUGUGUGUGAGAGAGAGAGAGUGAGAUUGUGUGUGUGUGUGAGAAAGUGAGAUUGUGUGUGUGUGUGAGAGAGUGAGAUUGUGUGUGUGAGUAUAAUUUGUGUGUGUAUGUGUGAGAGAGUGUGUGUUUGUGAGAAUGUGAAAUUGUGUGUGUGUGUGUGUGUGUGCUAGUCGGUGUUUCUGACAGGAAGCCCACCUGAGUCCCUCUGCAUGAAGCCCCGCCUCUUUCAUCCCACCAUCCAAUCAGAUUUUGCAGUGGAGCUGUUUACAAACCUCACCCCUCUCUCUCUCACACACACACACACACACUGCCCUGGGAAAUAUGAAUCCAGAAGACAAAGAGACGCUUGGUUUCGUGGAGCGCAAGCACCAGAGAUUGUUGGAUUAAUGUUUUGAUUCGAAGCUUCGGUUCCUGGUUCUGCGGCGGGCUCUGCUCUUUCUCCUGCAGGACGGCCAUGGCUGCACUUGUGUUUGUACUUUUUGUUCAGGGAAACGUACCGAUUUACAGAGAUCCAGCAAACUGUCCAAAAAACUCGCAACUGCUUGAGCUCAAGAUAAACACGCGGUCGUCAUGGAGACGCGCCGCAGCAGUUCCUGUGGCCUCGCGCUACUCAAAACACAUCUUCUUUCGUCAUCGUCACAGUUAGUCCAGUUGCCUAUUUUCGCAAUAAAAGUAGAUGGUGAAAUAUUUUUAAAAAUAUUUAAAUUCAUUUAAAAGAAAAGCAGUUCUCUGAUGUUGUGACAGUGACAGAGUUUAGUCGUAAUAAGGUGAUUGUGUUUCGUCUAUUCUGAGAUGUUUUAUUUCCUUUGUUUUGGUUUUUAUUCAGUUGUCUCUUCCUUCAUGACAUUGACUCGUGCUGCUCUGUGAGGACUCGUGUGACAGUCAUGAAUUUUAUUGAAGAUUUUUGCAAUAAUAGCGAUAUGAUGAUGAACUUUUGCACCGGAAGCUCCAGAUGUGUCUCACGCUGACUGUUCUUCCCAACUCCACAAAUGCGUCUUUGUUUUUCAUUGACAGAUUUAAUAAAAUUGUAAAUUAAUGGA